GAAGGCUUUUGUGACUAUAGGUAUAUAUACCGGAUGGAGUCUGGGAUAGGAUAUAGUUCAAGUCUGCUCUUGAUCCAGAACAAACCACAUCCAACAUGAAAUUCUUAGUUGCUCUCGCUAUCUUGGCUUUCGCCACCUACGCCCAAGCCUCCAUUCUAGGUCUUGGUCUAGGAAUCAACCCACUCGCCCUUAGCCCAAUCGGUCCCUCUGGAAUCGUAACAGGAGCUGGAGCCGCCGGUCCAUCUGGUGUCGUAACCGGAGCCGGAGCCGCUGGACCCGCUGGUAUUGUAACUGGAGCUGGAGCCGUCGGACCAACCGGACCCAACGGAAUUGGCAUUCUUGGAGUACCCGGAUUGGGAUUGGGAUUAGGACACGGAUUGGGAUUAGGAAAUGGUUUGGGAUUGAGAUUGGGAUUGGGAUUGCACUAAAAUGUUGGAAAUUAGGCUGCUUGACAUGGAGAUAAAUUAAUGUAAUUUAAAAAAAUAAUAAUAAAUUGUAAAUAUACAACAA